ACACUUUGUUCCGUCCGACAACUCGGCGCUUUUGCAGCUGACAAACACCAAACACAUUACAAAUGCUCCGACUUGACAACCUUGCCUGCUACCUGCACUGCCAAAAUACAUGCCAACAGGCUGCUGCACGAAGCCGGAAAUCAAAGAAUGACGAUGCAACAAGACACUGACAAUUUGGAAAUGGCCGCUGCUACUGCUGCUGCUGCUGCUACUGCAGGAGAUCAGUCGCCUGUGCUGCGUUGCGGGCUCUGCAAUAAGCCCUUUGCCAAGCAAUCCACGCUCAAGCGCCACGGCUACUAUUGCAGGUCUCGACCAGGCGGCAGCGCCCCUCGUGCCAGAUCGUGCGUCUUCUGCGUUAAAACCAAAGCACGAUGCGACGGCGAGCGGCCGUCAUGCUCGAGAUGCAUUAGCAGAGGCAAGAGCUGCGAGUACCCCGCAAACGCUGCCCGCGCUACUACUACGCAAUUGGGGGCUCAGGCUCCGCGCACUACUAACGGCGUCUCCACCAAGCAAACAACGGCUGCUACUACUGCUUCUGCUGCAGAUCCCUCUCCCCCAAUGCCCAGUUUCAUCACCAUAGACAAUGACACCAGCAGCCUCAACGACACUCUUCUCUACAAUGCCUUUUUCCCGCUUGAAUACGGAAUCCAACAAGUCGAUGUUGGCGCUGAUGGCAGGGACGACGACGAUUGGGACGGACACGGCUGGUCGAAUUUUGUGCAAUCGCAGAUGCAGCAGGCUGCUUCCUUGACACCGAACACGUUGAUUAACAGCGAACCUUCUCUAUCCGAUGAACCAUUUACUACUAUGCUGCAGCAAGCCAUGUCUUCUCCCAAAUCGCAGAUCCCAAGAAUGCCGACUUACACCAUGCGCUCACUUUUCCACAGACCGCAGACGGACAGCGGCAACCAACGCAUAUCGCAACUCAUGCUGCAGACACUCAAAUCGUACCCGCUAAUGAUGCUGCGACAGAAGACGCCGCCGCCGUUUAUCCAUCUUCGACUCAUGUUGUCUGAUACUGGAAGCGACGACGCGGAGCCAUGGCAUAACUGCGUCAGCUUGAUGCACAUGCUUGACGGUGGCAUCCAGGGCAGUCGAAAAUUGUUCUGGAGAAACGUACGGACAGAGUGCGAACGCUUCUGUCAGGAGCAUCUUACAAUGAGCAAAUGGGAACUGCUCGCUGGCAUGCAAGCCCUCGCCAUUUAUGUUAUUAUGAGGUUGGAUGAAGGCGCCAAGGACUACAACAAUUUUGACAUGCUCUUGCUCAAAUCCGUCACGGUCAUAGCUACAAGCCUCAUGUCCGUCGAUACCACCUCCUGCCCCUCGUCGCCAUCUGAUAAAUCAACUCUCGAUGUGGUCUGGAAAAAUUGGAUUCUAGAGGAAUCCAGGCGAAGACUAUGCGUUUUGUUUCAAAUAGUCAACAUGCUCAUAGAAUUUGAGCCUGCUGCCAUGUGUGAUAGCGACGGAGAAAUUGUCCUGGCUCCGUUGCCGGCUCAAAAGCUGCUGUGGGAAGCGUCGGAUGAAGUUUCGUGGAAAGUGACUGGCCAAACGGACUCCGAGGCGCUGACCGAGUUUGGGUUGGCGAGAAAUGGGCAUCUGGUAAAGUUGAAGCAGCAAGACAACGACAACUUCUACGGCAUGUUGACGGGGUCAGAUGGCCUGCCGCUGUCCAGAAGGACGGCAAAGUGGGAUGACUGGUGCUCAGGGAUGGAUGGAAUCGGCGGGCUUGUCAUGCUUGCUGCGUCUCUUUUACAAUAGUGCCACAGUAAGUUUUUCCAUAUUUCUGGCUAGGCGUUGGUAGCGUUUUAUAGAGAUUCAAAGACUGUAUUGUAUUAUAUCCGAGCUUGUCCAUCAUAUCGGUUUCUAUGUCAUCCUUCUUAGCCUCUAACGGUUGGCCUGAACAAACACAUACGUUGCAUUCUAAGGAAAAGCAGUCAUGGAAAGCUUGUCAAAUUCGCCAUUCACACCGACC